AUGUUGGAAGCACGGUUGGAGCAGGCGAGCAUUCUGAAGAAGGUCGUCGACGCAAUCAAGGAUUUAGUGCAAGAUUGCAACUUUGACUGUAAUGACAGCGGCGUCGCCCUUCAGGCCAUGGACAACAGCCAUGUCGCUCUUGUGUCCAUGAUGCUCAAGGCCGAGAGUUUCUCGCCGUUCCGCUGCGACCGCAACAUCGCCCUUGGCGUCAACCUCACUUCACUCACCAAGGUGCUGCGGGCAGCUCAGAACGAAGACAUCCUCACCCUCAAAGCGGAGGACGCGCCCGACGUCCUCAACCUCGUUUUCGAAAGUUCCGAGACGGACAGAAUCUCCGAGUAUGACCUCAAGCUCAUGGACAUUGACCAGGAGCACCUUGGCAUCCCUGACACAGAGUACGCGGCAACCAUCGCAAUGCCUGCCGCCGAGUUCAAACGCAUCACAACGGAUCUCAUGGCCAUGUCAGAGUCUGUGACCAUUGAGGCAAGCAAAGACGGCGUCAAAUUCUCGUGCCAGGGCGACAUCGGUAACGGCUCUGUCACCCUCCGGCAACAUUCGAAUGUCGACAAGCCUAACGAGUCGAUCGAAAUUGAGCUUACCGAGCCCGUCUCCCUCACCUUCUCCCUUAAGUACCUCGUCAACUUCUGCAAAGCUUCAGCCUUGUCAAACACGGUUAAGAUCUGCCUCUCGAACGAGGUGCCCCUGCUGGUUGAGUACAGCCUCGCUGGCAGCAGCUAUCUGCGCUUCUACCUCGCGCCAAAGAUCGGCGACGAGGAGUGA